AUGGCUCUAAAUCCACCUAUUACUUAGACUGGAGUUCCAUUAAGAGUGGACUAGGAAUUCUUUAUAUUGUAUAGAAAUGAAAUGGAAGGGGAAUUCAAGAUUGAAAACAUGGGAAAGUUCAGUGCUAAAGGAAAAGUAUAUGUAACCACAUGCAGAUUGGUUUUUGUAAGUGACAAGUUUUAAAAGGAAUCAUUCAAAUCCUUUGAUAUCCCUUUAGCAUAUUUGAGUGCUGAGAAAUUUCAAUAACCAAUAUUUGGAAGUAAUUAUUUAGAAGGCAAUGUGGAUCCAUUAUAUAAUCUACUUCCAGGUAAAACUCAUUUUAAAUUAUGGUUCAAAGCAGGAGGUUGUGACAAGUUUUUAAGGAUACUUGUUAAUGUGUUAACAUAAAUUAGAAAAUAACGAGGUUCUGGAUAACGGGUUCCUGAUGCACGUAUGAUGGAAAAUUUUGCAAUAUCUUAAAGCUAGGCCUUCAUAGAUCCCAAUGAUCCUAGUGUUAUCUAUGUACAAUAGCCUCAUUUAAAUUAAUAAUCAUAUGGAAAUAUGGCCUGGGGCGUUCCGUAAAAUCCAACUUAGGUUUCUCCUAUUGGAGGACCUGGUUAUGGGAUGCCAUAAUAACAAUAUCCGCCACCACCAAUGAAUUAGCAGUAUUAACAACCUCCUCCUCCUCCUUAAGGCUAUCAAUAAUAUUAAUAGAGUCCACAAUAGAAUUACUAAAACAACCAAUAAAUUGGUAUUCCAGUCAAUUACAAUUAUGGAUAACAACAAUAGCCUUAGACCACUUAUAACCAACCUUAAGUUCAAUAACCAUAUCAAUAAAAUAACCAACCUCCAAAUCCAUAUGUUUAAUAAAAUCCUCCCCCCAUAUACAAUUAACCAAAUCCAUAUGCUCAAUAAAAUCCCACUUACAAUUAGCCAAGCAACCCAUACACUUAACAUCCUCAACAAUAAUAAUAACAACCCCCCCAAACAUAUGAGACUUAACCACAGUAAUAGGUGUAUUAGAAUUAGGUUCCUUAGAUAUAAUAAAAUUAUCAAUAUCAAUAGGAGUAAAAUAAUAACCAAUAAGCCCCAAUCUAAAAUAAUGACCAAGCACCUUAGAAUUAGCCCUAAUAAGAUUAAAUCAGAAACCAACCAAAUACAGCUUAUUACUUUGGUUUUUGGGGUCCACAAUUGCAAUCAAACUAAAAUGGCAUAUUGUGA